AAACCAGACAGUGUGGUGUUCCUGCUGAGCUUAGAGACCAGGAGUGCGUGGUGACACCAGUUUACCCUGUUGUGCGACUUCAUUUCCUUGGGCUUCCCAGCCUCCUUCCAGGAACAGAGAAUAAGAACAAUUGAUUCAAAGCUGGAAGUUAGCCGAGCCGCUGAGGCAGAAAGAGAAGUGAAGGGUUGAAGUUAGCUGAAAUGAUCAGCCAAGGAAGAAAGCAAAGCCUGGAGCAGGCCGGUAAACCAGAAGAAAAUGGAAGGGUCAAGGGUUCAAUGGGAUCACAGAGCAGGUGAAAGGAGAAUAAGGUCGUGGGAGAGAUCAGAGGUUGUGGCCAGAGAGCAGGUUAUCAGAUUCAUAGUCGGAAGGCUUUGCAGAGAUCAUCCUUGUCCAACCUCCUCUAUGUUGUAGGAAUUUCAUUUUUGUAAAAAAAUACACUCAUGUGUCAAAGUAUGCUCAAAGUGAUCGGGGCAGUGGGGGAGCCUGUUAUUUUCUUGGAAAGACCUAGUUCCAUACUCAUUUAUACAGAUCAAAGUUUCCCUUCCCAAAAAUUCAAAUGUUGGUUCUAGUUCUGUCUGCCCUCUGGAGUAACACAGGGUGGAUCAGAUUAAACAAGUCUGUUCAGCCUUCGGUUUUAUAACUUGCAAGUAUUAGAAAAGAACCACCAUGUUUUCUCCACGUGCAACAUUCAUAGCUUAUUCAAUUGCUACUGCAUGAUAUGGCUGUGGCUGUCAGGCAGGUGGUGGACAAGGCCAGAGCGUUAAGUCAGUAAAGAAGGGGUUUAUCAGAGGGCAUGGAGCUCAGUGAAACCUGGAGAGAUCCUGGUGCGCUUCGAGCUUUUGCAGAGGCAGAGGAUGCCACCGCAGCCUGGCCCCUGGGCGGCUGGCUCAGGGCCUUCCACCCCAGGGAAUGCCCCAGGCCACUGCUUGGUCCAGUUUCACCUGGUCACUGUCUUAGCUCAUCCACCCCUGAGUUCUCUUGGUUUUUGUGCCACUGAGCUCCACAAAGAUGAGGCUUGAGCAGGCAGUACUAAAACUGUACUUAGAAUAAUCACAACUGGCCAUGGGAGCAGCGCUUAUAUGAUUUUGCUUUGGAUUAGGGCCCCUUCUAACCCUCGGUGUCUCCUCCCAUCUCCCCACCACGCACAGACUUCCGAAUGGGAUUCCGAAUGCCUUACCUCCCUGCAGGCGCUCCCUCUCCCCGCAGCCCCAGCGGCAAACGAAGCUCACUUGCAGACCGCGGCCAUCUCCCUGUGGACGGUGGUGGCGGCCGUGCAGGCCAUUGAGAGAAAGGUGGAAGUCCACAGCCGGCGACUGCUGCACCUGGAAGGCCGGACGGGCACGGCCGAGAAGAAGCUGGCCAGCUGUGAGAAGACAGUGGCGGAUCUCGGAAACCAGCUGGAGGGCAAGUGGGCCGUGCUGGGGACCCUGCUGCAGGAGUACGGGCUGCUGCAGAGGCGGCUGGAGAACUUGGAGAACCUGCUGAGGAACAGGAACUUCUGGAUCCUGCGGCUGCCCCCGGGUAUCAAAGGAGACAUUCCAAAGGUGCCUGUGACAUUCGAUGAUAUCUCCAUCUAUUUUUCCACUCCAGAAUGGGAAAAACUAGAAGAAUGGCAAAAGGAACUUUACAAGAAUAUCAUGAAGGGCAACUAUGAGUCUCUCAUCUCCAUGGAUUAUGCCAUGAAUCAGCCUGAUGUGUUAUCUCAGAUUCAGCCAGAAGGAGACCGUAAUGCAGAGGACCAGGCUGGGCCAGAGGAGAGUGGGAUUCCCACGGACCCCAGCGAAGAGCCUGGCAUUUCGACAUCAGAUAUUCUGUCUUGGAUUAAACAAGAGGAAGAGACCCAGGUUGGUGCUCCGCAGGAGCCCAAGGAGAGUGACAUGUGCAAAGGCACCUAUGCUGACGAAGAGCUGGUCAUCAAGGCCGAAGGCCUCGCCAGAGCCUCCCUGUGCCCCGAGGUGCCCGUCGCCUUCGCUUCUCCACCAGCAGCCGCAGCUAAGGAGCCGUUCCCGGACAUGGCCUUCAAGAGCCCGCAGUCCGCGCCCCUGGCGCCAUUCGGACGUCCAGCCACCGGCCUGGCCGAGGCCUCGGAGGGACAAGUGACCUUCACGCAGCUGGGCACCUAUCCGCUGCCGCCCCCGGCCGGGGAGCCGGUCUUCUCCUGCCACCACUGCGGCAAGAGCCUCAGCCAGGACCUCCUGCUGACCCACCAGUGCGGCCCUCCGGGCGAGCACGCCGCCCCCUGUGCCCAGUGUCCCAAGCACUUGCCCCCACCGGCUGACGGCGGGCCCCCGGCCCCCGCCCGCGAGACGCCCCCCACCUGCCCGCACUGCGCCAGGACCUUCACGCACCCGUCCCGACUCACUUACCACCUUCGAGUCCACAACAGCGCCGAGCGCCCCUUCCCCUGCCCUGACUGCCCCAAGCGCUUCGCUGACCAGGCGCGCCUGGCCAGCCACCGGCGAGCGCACGCCAGCGAGCGGCCCUUCCGCUGCGCGCAGUGCGGCCGCAGCUUCAGCUUGAAGAUCAGCCUGCUGCUGCACCAACGCGGCCACGCGCAGGAGCGGCCCUUCUCCUGCCCGCAGUGCGGCAUUGACUUCAACGGCCAUUCGGCCCUCAUCCGCCACCAGAUGAUCCACACGGGCGAGCGGCCCUACCCCUGCCCCGACUGCAGCAAGAGCUUCAUGCGCAAGGAGCACCUGCUCAACCACCGGCGGCUGCACACCGGCGAGCGGCCCUUCAGCUGCACGCACUGCGGCAAGAGCUUCAUCCGCAAGCACCACCUGAUGAAGCACCAGCGCAUCCACACGGGCGAGCGGCCCUACCCCUGCGCCCAGUGCGGCCGCAGCUUCCGCUACAAGCAGACGCUCAAGGACCACCUGCGCGCGGGCCACGGGGGCGGCUGCGCCGGCGACCGGGACCCCUCGGGACCGCCGCCGGACCCCCCGGGGCCCCUCCUACCCGGGCUGGAAGCCUCGGGCCUGGGCGUCAACCCCGAAGGUCUGGAGGCCAAUCAGUGGUAUGGGGAAGGCAGUGGGGGCGCGGGUUUGUAAAGCUGUCUCCUUUCAGGGUUAUCUGUGUGGGCACGGUAGGGGCAAGAGGAAAGCCCCGCCACCCCGCACCUUGUGGUGAGGACUGCUUGGCAUGUCGAGGAAUGUGGGGUCCUGAACGCUUGACUAGAGCCGAGCUUGAGUUUCGGAACUUCACAAGAGCACCACGUUGCGAAACCCAGGAAGACCUGGAAGAAAGCCCAGCUUCCCCAUCUUUUCAAAAAAAAUAUGACCUAAGCAGAAGUUAAAAGAAUGUCGCAGAGAGGUUGGAAAGCAAGGUUCAGCCUCUGGUGAUCCAUCACAGGUUACAUUGAGAGUGGUUGAGCUCUGUGCAGAGUCAGGUGCAUGGAAGAGCCUCCAAGCCCUGGAGCCCAUCCUGAGGCAGAGAAUGUUUGCCUGAACCUUUCUCACUUCCUUGGUGGUGUGAUGGCUGCUGGAAGCCAGUGCCCAAGCCCUCCCCCCUUCUGCUCCCCUAGCAGAGCUCCAGUGUCCUGCCCCGCCUGAAAAGAUGACUCAAGACUGCCUUCCUAGGUCUCCCAGAGUAAUCCUUCUAAUAUAUUUUGUUUAAUAUUGAGUGAGCAAAAAUCUUGACGUUAAGAGCUUCCUAAGGAGAACAAUUCUUUCAUUAGCUUAAUUUGAAGCAUUCAGGCUUUUACUGCCAUUUAAGCUGCUAGAAAGCUUUGCCAAGGUCCUGGUUAAAAACUUGGAGGCAGGAUAUGCAGCCCCAUCUUUAAAAGCUAGAGAUCCCAGGGAAAUGACAGAAAAGCCUAGAGUUUGUGCCUGAACCAUAUUCCUGAGAGCCACUUAUAUGUCAUAUUAUUCCUUAUCGUUUCAAAGCCAGUAAGCUGGCUUUUCCAUUCCUGGUGUGUGAUAUUCUGACAAUCAUCAAUGGAAAAGGCUACAGCACCUUCUAGAAGCAUUAUAGAGUCCUGGAAAGUGCCCACAGCCUCUCAGCUUUCACUUCCUCAGUAGUGAGUGACAGUUACAGUGCAGGUUUUUUGAGCCGGCAUCGCCUGCUCACCACCCGCCCCCGGUGAUGGACAGAUUGAGGGGCUUCAUAGACCCCUGAGAGCUAAGCACCAGAUGGGGCGAGGGCAGCCUGGCAGCCUCUUGCCGCUGGCUUUGCUUCUGGGGAACUUUGCCACCAUGUGUACCUUUGUGAGGGUCAGUCAGUCACCAGGAAGCGUUUGAGCCUGGUCCCAUUCCUAAGCGACUCUGCAGUCGGGCCAGUUUCCCUUUACAGAUGUCAGUUACAUCUGCAGUAUGAGGCUGGUGAAAGGAAAAAAGUGAACCUUUAGGAUUAAAACAUACAUAUAUUGUGGUACAUUCCUUCUCCUGCCAAAAUCCUAUCUCUAUCUCUGGCUGUUAUCCAGGGAAAGCAAAAUAAGACAGCAAAAUCAAGGCAGAGAUGUUCUUGCUGAAACUUGACUGAAAUCAGUUUGAUAUGUUGUUGACUCUCGGCUGGAGACUGGGAUAGAAGACAGUAGCGCAGAAGCUCCAAGUCCUGGGCAGAAAAGUUGUUUGUACCUCUGGUCCUCUCCUGUUUCCCUGGAACCUCCCUAUCGUGACUGGGACAAGGUCUGCGAGUAUUUAGGCAAGACACUCUUGACAAAUGAUAAGGAAAGGACCCGUUUCCCCCCUUGUCACCCAGCCCACACUUCACCCUGCCUAGUUAUGUGUGACCGCACUGGGAAAAAGUGUCAGCCCAGCCAGCUUUGCUCCCGGGAGGGCUCUAUCUGAACAUGCUGCGCUCUAGGAUAAUCACAUGUAUAAAAUAUCUGCUCUGUGACAUUCACAACACCAGGCAUCACAGAAGGCCUAAGAAAUGUGUGUGAGAUCUAGUCCCUUGUCGUAACUUACAGUCUGAAGGCAAGGGUAUGGAACACACUGAGGGAGAUGAUGAACAGAACCUUGACAUACCAGAUUGAAGAGUUUUCUAGCUAGACUCUGGAUCCAGUACCAUGGAAACUGGGGGGUCCUGGGGAUCUCAGAGCCCAAGUUCCAGCUUCACGGGUAAGCACCUCCUAGCCAGGAACCCGAGACUGAGAUCCAGCUCUGGCUUGCAUCUCCCUAACGAAAAGGAAGAGGAGUCACGGUGCUGGCCCCUGGGAGGCUCCUUCCUGAAGACGCGGACUUGCAUGUUCUCCAGGGGUUGCUGGAGAAGACACCCCUGCCUGCACUAGAUGCGCUGCUGGACGAAAUGACCUGGAGAAUCCUUUCACUCGAAGGUUUCCUGAGGACACAGAGCUUAUUAAUGAAAGAGACUUGGGGAUUGAAAUGCUGCAGAGAGGCCCCACAGUCCCUGUUGCAAGGAACUCUAGCCAGCCGGGACCCACAGUUUGGCAAGAAGUGAACAGAGUUCACAUACCCACGAGGCAAGAGCUGUGAAGCUGAGUGAAAGGGAAUGGCAGGGUCAAGCCAGAAAGGUAGAAGUGGGGGUUAUCCAGUCGUCAACUAUCAAACAGACCAGGGGUGCAGCCGCUGUACCUUCUUGUCUCCUUUCCCUCCCCUAGUCCUCACCACGUGGAAAUCCAGGCCAGGUCUAAAUUAGAAUUUGUUUGCUUGAGAUGCAAAAGUAGAUAAGUAAAAAAAAAAAAAAAAAAACACUGGGAAAGAUAAGUCCAACAGAGAGGUUCCAGUGUGUGGAGAAACUUAGCUCAUCAGGGGCUUCUGAGACAAACCAUACCCUUGACAGUAUCUGAGGAUUGGUCGUCCCAACUGGACUCAGUAGGAAGGAGGAAAACUGAGAAACGUGCACUCCAUCAGUCUGCCCUCUGGCCGGGAAGUGUGUACUGUCCCACAUCAACAGGCACCAUCUCUGUGGAGUGGAUCCAGCCAUCGACUGUAACCAGAUUCAUGCUUUGCUUCCUUACUAGAUUUUUCGUUGUCACCAUAAGAUGAACCUCUGGUUCCGCCGCUGAUGUGAACUUAAAUGGAGUUUACCUCUGAUCUUUCAUGCUGGGUGUUUGUUACUAGAACGCCCUAGCCGGGCUCUGGCUGCUUGAUAUAACUUCCUAGCAGUGCUUUACAGAACUUCUCUCGCCAUUAAUAAUAGCCUGCAGACACUUCCCAUUGGGGGGACUCCGCUGGGCUUCUUUCUGGAGCAUUUUAAAAUAUUUGGGUAUUCAUGGCUAUCUCAGCCAGAACCAGACUCUAGAGCUUACCCGGGAGUAAUAAAUGUUUACUGUUUCAGUCUUAGAAAGUCUGGUUGAUAAAGAGAGAACCCGAGUCCCUUUAUUUGUUCAUUCCAAAUGGGAUAGAGAACCCACAUUUCCGCUCACAUGUCCUCUUGAGGAGGAGCAGAACACACUAUCUCCCCGCUCCCCCCACACAUCCCACACUAGCUUCUUAAACAAUGAAAAGCAUCCUCUGCAGCUGCCUGAGGACCACUGAGAAGCAGGGAGAAAAAGUAAGACUCUCCCAGAAUGUUCUCACAGGCCAGGAACUCUGUUACCAUCAGCGCCAUGUUCUCUGCUCUUGGUGGAAACCUUUGACCCUGCUCUCUUCAUCCUACAAAGGAAACAGUCUUCUCACAGGGUUUUACACGGAAGACAUUCUUUGACUUGGAAAGUGUCAGACUCUUAUAAGCGGAAGAUCCUCCAGUUGGGACACAUGGGUGGGAGAUGGGGGCAGGGAGUGCUCAGGCCUCACAGGGACACAUCUCGUAGGUUAGUGCAGCUUAGUGGUGUAGGGCAUGGGUUCGGCCCAGACCUAGCGAGUCCUGACGUUGUAAGAAGUGACGUAACUAUUUAAUCAUCAUGAGUCUAGUUUUCCUAUCUGUAACAUAGAAUGAUGCUAGGUCUUGGACGUGUCAGGGUUUGGGGGGAACCUGUGAAAGUACUUGGCACAGAGCCUGGCACACAGAUGUGUCAGAUUGGUAGCGGUCAGGAAAGGUGCAGGCCAACCAGAGGGGGGACUGAUGGCGCACUGCAGAAGCGCAUGACCACUUGAUGACUUAGCUCCUGCCUUCCAUCUGUUGCUUCCAUUUAGACUGUUCUUUUGCUCUUACCUUUUCUGGAUCUCCUGGCUCCCUUAAGUUUGUGUGUGCCAUGACUCCAUCUGGUUCAGAUUCUAAGAUGUGGACUCUGGCCCUUCCUCCUCUUGUAAUGUGUGUGUGUGUGUGCUCAGCUGCGUCCGACUCUUUGCAACUCCACGGACUGUAGCCCACCAGGCCCCUCUGUCCGUGGGGUUUUCCAGGCAAGAAUACUGGAGCAGGUUACCAUUUCCUACUCCAGGUGCUCUUCUCAACCCCAGAGAUCGAACCCACAUCUCUUGCAUCCCCUGUAUCGGCAGGCGGAUUCUUUACCACUGCCCCGGGGGCUUCCCUUCCUCUUCCUAGACCAGGCCACUGAGGUCUCCAGCCUGCCCUUGGACUGGCUGCCCUUGGGUCAGUUCUCAUCUUGGCUCAGUCAGCCAUGUCAGGAGGGAGGGCCCCAGGUCCCUCCAUGGGAUCUGGGGCUGGUAGACCCUCUUGGGAAUGGGCUGACGGUGGGGCAUUUCCAGUACUGCCUGGAGAGGAAAGACUCUGCUUCCCCUGUGUCGGUCUUCCCUGAAAGACUUCUGCUCCAGCAGCACCACGCAGACCAGAGCUCAUGGCCGGUGCAGAAAGGACCUGGAGGUGCUGUCACUGUUAUCUUGCAAAAGAAGUAAUUUGUUACUUUCUGGGGUGUUAUUCCUCCUUCCCAGCCAGGUUCCACUUCCUUUUCAAAUAGGUGACUCAGGCCAUAAUUCUAUCUCUACACACAUACACAAUGACUUUUGUCACAUUGCCUCUUGAAAACAAAAAAUUACUCCACCCCUUAAGACCAACCCCCUCUAAAGAAUACAGAGAGAGACAGUCAAAUCAGAGAGGACUCAAAAGCACUCUCCUGCAAUGUUCGUAAGAUUGCCAGGUUACAUUUCAAAUAAAAUAUCUGAUAAAACCUCA